AGCUUCAGGGAGACAGGCAGGCAUGUGCACGUGGGUUUGGAUGGGACAGCACCAGCUGCCCCUCGACACCGUCUUCGGUGUUGAGGCUCGAGGCCCUCGUGUCCUGCCCGUGCCCUGAACAGGCAUCCUCCCCAGGUGGUCGGGUAAGAUGGGACCCUGUUCACAGGAACUUUUUGAUGCCCCCUCAUUUGUGGGACCUUCCUUGGCAACACUUGUGUUGCUGGGAUGAGGUGUGGGUCCCCGCUUUCCAGGACCCCACCCCGUGGCUCCCAGUGUACCUGACCACCCCAGGACCCUGUCUGCUGCCGAGGGUCCAGGCAGCAGGGUCUGGUGGGGUCAGGACAGGAUGGCCUCAUGUGGAUGGAUGCGUGCCACUCCACGCCCUACAGUGGCACACGGGGGCAGGAAGACUGGUCGCAGGGCCCGCUCAGCAUCUUUCGGGGGGGCAUGCAAGGUGGAGGUCGCUGAUGUUUUCUGGAAGGGUUCACAGUUUGGAAGGUGCAAGGAGCUGAACACCAGUUUGAAACCACCAACUGACAGGCAUUGCUUUAAUGUGUGAACAUGAAGUAUGGGCAUGCAAAUUCACAGGUAAAUUGAGGGGUCCCCCCAAGACUUCACCCCCACAAGAUACCUCCCUCGGUGUGUGCGGGUGAGAUUUCCCGAACUCCUCUGGAGAGAGCUGGCCGGGCCUGUUGCUCGGCGCUCCAGGGAGGCCGGAGUGGGCAGCCAAGACCCUCGAGAUCAGCGCAGUGUGAGAAGGCUCACUGGCCGUGGACGGGAGCCCUGGAACGUGAACUGGGCCUCCUCAAGGCGGAGGGUCCACACCGCCCUUCAAAAGCAGGCCGUCUGGGGAGGGCAGCACUGGGCAGGGCGACGAGGGACACACAAGGGGGCCCUGUUUUCUCGCCCUUGACUCGGGCUGGGUGGAGGGGAGCAGCCCUGGAGGGCGGGCUCCCCGGAGCGCCCCUACCCCACCGCAUUCCCCAUGGUGGCCUGCCUGGCCCUGGCCAUCCUCUGUCCCCUGAGGAUCCCCCUGGAACCUGCACCAGACACAGGCCGGUGAAGACCAGCAGGGACAAUGAGAGUGUGUAUCGGUCACUGGCUGUGCUGCCGGUCCUGGGGACGCUGGGAGCAGGGCGGACAGGGGUGGCCACACUGAGCAGGUGACUCGGCGGACGAUCGGACACAGAUGAGCUGGGUGGUUUCAGCCCGUGUAUGAAUGAGUUGGUCCUGAACCUGUAUGAGACCUGCAAGGUGCGGACCGUGAAGGCAGGCACGCUGGAGAAGCUGGUGGAGCAUCUGGUGCCCGCCUUCCAGGGCAGCGACCUCUCCUAUGUCACCAUCUUCCUGUGCACCUACCGAGCCUUCACCACCACCCAGCGGGUCCUGGACCUGCUGUUCCAAAGCAGGUACGGUAGAUGUGACGCCCUCACGGCCUCCUCUAGAUACGGGUGCAUCCUCCCUUAUUCCAGCGAGGACGGCGGACCUCAGGACCAACUGAAAAAUGCCGUCUCCUCCAUCCUGGGCACCUGGCUGGACCAGUACUCUGAGGACUUCUGUCAGCCCCCGGACUUCCCCUGCCUCAAGCAGCUGGUGGCCUACGUGCAGCUCAACAUGCCCGGCUCCGACCUGGAGCGCCGGGCCCACCUUCUCCUGGCCCAGCUGGAGCACACAGAGCUCACCAAGGCAGAGCCGGAGGGCACGUUUGGAAGGCAGGCACGUUGAUCUCCUCCUGCACGGUCACUGCCAUCUCAGGAUCUAGAACUGGCUCCAGCACCAGCCCGUGUACAAUCUGAAGACCUAGAUCCAGCUGCAGAAGCAGCAACAGAACUAAAGCCAGAUCCAGAGCUGGAGGCGUUUCCAUCAGUGGCUGGAGGGACGCCUCGAGCGGCGGCACCAGAGCAGGAGCCAGCGUCACCAUCAGUUGCGUCAGCACCUCUGCAUCCGGGGCCCAUGGCUGCACCUGCUCCGGAGGAGACCCAGAGCCGGCUCAGGACCCACUACCCCUGCGGGGAGAACCAGCUCUGGCACCAUGCUCAGCGUCAGCUCCUGACCCACUUCUACCCGCUCCCCCCCACCCCCGCACUCUCCUUCCCCUCCCCUGUUACUGUUUCUGAUUUGGUUUUUAAUUUUAUCUUUUCAUUUCACAUUAUUUAUGGUGUCUUUUACGUCUUCACAGAACCAAGUUUAAUUUUUUAAAUUUUAAAUUGUGCAUUUCAGGAGCAUCGAGUAUAUUCACAGUUCUGUGCAACCUUCCCCAGGGUCUCGGGCCGACUUUCACUCCCCAGAAGGAAACCCUGAGCCAAAGCGUUCACUCCCCAUCCCUCUCUCCCCCAGCCCCUGACAACCUGUAAUCUGCUUUCUGUCUCUGUGUCUUUACCUGUUCUAGAUGUUUCCUAUAAAUGGAAUUAUACAAGGUGGCUUUCUGUGUAGGCCACAUAUUUUAA